AUGUCGGACAACGAGCUGGGCCUGGAUGGAGGUUUAUUUGAGGAACCUGAGACAUUCAGACCCCCUAGGCCUGAAGCACACUAUCAGAUGUAUACGAGGGUGCAUAAGCAGGCGCAUCCUGAAAUAGACAGGAUCAAUCUUCGACUUGUUGGAAAAUCGCCGCUCUGGGGACAUCUGCUGUGGAACGCAGGUAUUUACACGGCAAACUAUCUUGAAGGGCACGCACAGAAGCUAGUUAGAGACAAGAAUGUUGUAGAAUUUGGCUCUGCCGCUGCUCUUCCGUCCUUGCUGUGUUCUAUCAACGGUGCUAGAAAAGUGGUAGCUACAGACUAUCCAGAUCCUGAUCUGCUAGAGAAUAUACAGAUCAACGUGGACAGUCUCGCAGAUAAGGAGCUGACCAGCAGGAUUGUCGUGCAAGGGUUCAUCUGGGGCAACGAUACGCAGGAAAUCAAAAAUACACUUGACAGCACGGCAGACUUGAUCAUCAUGAGCGAUCUGGUUUUCAACCACUCAGAACAUCACAAGCUGCUCAAAUCUGCAAAAGAGCUGAUAACACCGCUACGAGAUCCAUCUGAGCCUAGAAGCGGCGGGAAGUGUCUUGUUGUCUGGUCUCCACAUAGACCCAAACCGCAGAUGGUGGAAAAUGACUUCAGGUUUUUCACUGACGCCGAGGAGCUUUUUGACUUCGAUGUCGAGUUCGUCGAGAUGGUACACUGGGAUCAUCCUAUGUUCCCUGAGGACCCUCCCGAGACAGAGGAGAUCCGCAAGCGUGUGUACUGCUACAUAUUGCAUCCGACCUGGUAA